AUGGUGCAGCGUCUUGUCUACCGUUCGCGUCACAGCUACGCCACCAAAUCGAACCAGCAGAGGAUCGUCAAAACCCCAGGUGGAAAAUUGGUCUACCAACGCUCAAACAAGGUUUCUAGUGGACCGAUUUGCCCCGUCUCCAAAAAGCGUAUUCAGGGUAUCCCUCACUUGAGGCCAACUCAGUACAAGAGAUCUCGAUUGGCAAGAAACAGGAGGACCGUGAACCGUGCAUAUGGUGGUGUUCUAUGCGGUUCCGCUGUUAGAGAAAGAAUCAUUCGUGCGUUCCUUGUGGAGGAGCAAAAGAUUGUGAAGAAGGUGUUGAAGCUUCAAAAGGCCAAGGAAAAGGUUGCUCCCAAAGCCUAG